AUGAAGAGGAUUCCCCGCUUUUCCACCCUCCUCCUCCUCAGCUUCCUGAGUGAACUUUCCUUCGGCGGAACUCUGAAGUUCAACAACUGCGAGGUCAGCGUCCACACGCAUGAGCUACGCAGACAUUACUCGGCGAUGCGCUUGAUAGCGAUUUCUGAGGACACGGAGAUUGGAGUGAUGAUCCUGAACAGAUCAACAAUGACAACUUUUCAGGGCGGUCAGACGUGCUGUUACUUGCGCCUGAUCCUGCGCUUCUACGUGGAGAGAGUUUUCCGAAACUACGCCUCCUCACAGCCACAGCAGCUGAUGCGUUACUCCAGCGCCCUGGCCAACGCCUUUGUCGCCGUGAGGAGGAAUAUAAACAAAUGUCACUGUCUCUGCGAGGAAGACACGCAAAGAGCCAUCGACUCGUUACACACUGAGUUCGACAAGCUGUCCAUCAACAAGGCGGCCAAGAAGGCCGUGGCGGAGAUGGACGCACUACUGGACUGGCUCGACGAACUGGAGGAGUCAACGGCGGCGUCCGAUCAAACCCUGACACCCUAG